GAGUUCUUUUACUUCCGCAUACCCACUCCACCCAUAAGUUCAUAUCCUACUUCACUCUGACAACAAGGAUACUUGACACAGGGUAUAUUUCCUCUACACAUCAAGUCCUUCAACUGCAAUAUAAUACAUGGGUGGAACUGAAAUGUUACAAAACCCAUAAACCCAAGACAUAAAUUCUGUUCCUUGAUUCUCUCCUAAUCAGAAGAGUCUCUGGUUCCAUUAUGAGCACCUCGAGACAUUCUGAGAAAAAUGAAGGCAAGACAGCUUCUGAACGUCCAGUGGACAUCAGUGACUGGGACAGAGACCAUGUGAGACAAUGGAUGCUCGAGAUACAAAUGGAUGAAGGAUAUGCAGACAUUUUGUACAAUCAGGGACUGAAUGGAGCUGGUCUUCUCCACUUGAAGGAGGCUAAUCGUUUAAUGCAAAACCUACCAUCAAAUGCAAAAGAAUUGAUUUUUCAAAACAUAGACCUUUUGAAAGACAAGUCUGAAAAGCUGAAUGACAAGGUGGCUCAGUCGUGUAGCUUGAAGCCUUACCCUUUCAACAGAUAUGAUGCUACUUACAGGUACACAGAAAACAGCAUUCUAGAUGUAACUGAAACUGGUCCUACAGACCUCAUACAACCAUGCCAUGAAUUCAAAGCCUUGACCAACACACAAGGAGAAAAGUACAGAAUGGAGAAAUACAUCCCUGAAGUCAUUCGAUUCGCAGCAGCUUGUAUGAAUAGUCGCACAAAUGGCACCAUUCAUUUUGGAGUGGCAGAUGACCCACAUGGACGAAUUCUGGGUGUUAGCGUCCUGAAAACAGAUGAUUUCGAUGUACAGCAGAAACUUGCAAUUGAAAGACAUUUCAAAGAAAAGAAAGUUCAGAAAGAAAAAAGAGCAAAGAAUGUUCAAAUAGCAGAAAGAGAAAAGGAUGUUCACAUUGCCGAGAGUGAACAAAAUGUUCAAAUAGCAAAAAGGUGUAUCAAACCCCCUCGAUUUGUUGAAGUUCUCAAAGCUGACAUGACAUUCUCAGGAAAAUAUGUUAUUGAGGUAGACAUUGAGCCAUCCUCCAUUGUCUGUCAAGACUUCUAUUUUAAGACUUUAGAUGUCGAAAAGAAUAAAGGCGAGUCUUUUUAUGUAAGAGACGGCAGCAGCAGCAGCAGCAAGCUGGUGGAGUAUGACAAAUACAUUAAGAGCAAUCCACAGUUGUUCAAGGAGAGGAAGGAUGCUGAAGAAAAGCAUCGCUCUGUUGUCAAAACCCAUGCACAUGGCUCUGCAUUGAGUGAGAUGAUAACAGGAGGGACACAUUCUAUGAACAGCCCACGUUUUACGUCGUACAUUGUGGUGGCUAACAAGUCUCAUCCUGUUCAGCUGAAAAACCUGGAUUUCCUUCUUGGUAUGAAUCUAAUGGCUGUUUUGGAUUUAGAUCCACAAUCCGCCGAGAAUGGCUUGAACAAGCUUCUCAAAGAGAAGAGAAUGUUCAAUGAUCAUUUACCUGCUCAGUAUAAAGAUACAGGUGCAGUUGUAGACAUCGCAAGCAGCUUAGAGCUGACUAAAAUCACAAGCUGGGUUUUCUGUAAUGGAGGCAUUAAUGGGGAAACUCCCUCAGACGCGGAUAAAUGGAGAAAGGAGAAAAGUUCCUCUGUGCGUGAUGUAGUUUCUUUCCUGUGCCGAAACGUCCUGCCUCGCAAGAAACUUCUUGUCAUAUUCUUGUUAUUUAGUCAGGUGGGCGAAGCCAGCGACCCCUUGUUUCAGACCUUUAGUAUGUUUCAACAGGAGCUUAUGGGACAAAACCAAAUCUUAUGCAUCAGUGACAAUGAAACAUCGUACACCUACUGGAAUGAUCUCAUCAAGCAGCAACAUAAAUGUGACAUUUCAAAAUGCAUUUAUGAGCUAAGUUUUGCUGAAAUCAAUGGCACCAUCCUCAGUCUGUGGUCAGAGAUGCGCAAAUUAUUACGGUUUCUGCCUAGUUGUGGUGGCAGUAAGGUUGCGCUAGUCAAGAAAACCGAGGAAUCCUUACAUAUGCUCAGUAUUCUCUGUGUGAACCAAUGUGAUGGAGGACAUCACGACAAACAGCUACACGAGGAGAACUUUGAUAAAGGAGGGAAGGCGUCUUGGUGGAACUUCUACUACUCAGAACAGCCUGGGUCAGCGUCAGUCGUCAAACGUGACAAGUUAGACUACAUUGUAAACACUAUAAUUCCAAAUAUGUUGAAUCAGAAGAGAGCUUGUGUGUUUUUCAACAUCUUCCAUGCUCAAGGCUGGGGUGGCACUACAUUAGCCAUGCAUGUUCUAUGGACACUCAAGGAGAAAUACCGCUGUGCUGUGCUGAAAGACACAACAGAUGAUUAUACUGCUGCAGCCAAACAGGUAGUGCAGCUACUAACAUACGAGGCAAAAGAGCAACUUACACGACUUCCUGUUUUGCUCAUGACUGAUCACUUCCAAGACAUUCGCAAUGUACUAACACUCCAACAACAAAUUGAGGAGGAAUGUUUGGACCAGCACAUUUUUUCAAACUCUCCACAAGUCAUCAUUUUCAACUGCAUUAGAGUUGAUUCAUGUGAACCAACUGAAGGAACUGGUGACGCAGUUUUCAUUCCAAACUAUUUAUCUGAGAAUGAACUGAAACUGUUUGGGGAAAAGAUGGAGGAGUUUAAGAAGACCAACAGAAACACUGAAACAUUUUAUGUGUCCAUGAUUGUGAACAACUUUUCAUCUGACUAUAUUCAGCGUGUUGUGAAAAAUAUCCUGAAGGACUUCAGCUUUCAACACAAGCAUGCUCAACUUUUUGCUGUUCUUGUCCUCUUGCAUGUCUACUCCAAGAACGCAUUGCUGUCAGUCUCUACAUGUGAAGAGUUUCUUGGUCUGCAAACAGAAGCUGAAGUGUGUAGGGUUGAAGAUGCAUUUGAGGAGUUUUCUUCUCUUUUGAAAAGAUGCACAGUUUUUUCCAAAGUGACCUUUGAAGGCAUGAGGGUGAUUCACUCAAUAAUAGCUCAACGUUGUUUGGAAGAGCUUUCUGCUUGUCAUGGAGUGACAAAAGCACAAGUUGCUAACCUUCUGCUCACAACUGCCUUAUUUUAUGAGAACACUCUGGAAAAACAAAAAUUCAUGCAGGAUGUUCAAGACAUGUUGAUGAAGAGUUCAGCCGGGCAUGAAUUUUCACGUCUUAUCCAAGAUAUAAAGAAGGAGACCCCAGGGAUGGAAGAGACUGUUCUACUCAAUGCAGAAGAGUGCCUCAAGAGUAAAGCCAUGCACAGGCCUCAAAUAUAGGCCCUAGCCCGGCCCUGGCCCGAGACGUUCAGGCCCUAGCCCGACAGCUUAUCAGAAUUACCGACCUGAGCCUGUCCCCACCCCUCCUUCUCCCAAAAUAGCUUACUACUGUUUCAGCUAUUAAAAUAGUUCAGUUUUGUAUGUAAUGUCAAAGUGAUUAUAUUUCGUUUAGUUUUUUUAAGUUAAUUUAGAAAGUUAAUUUAGUUUGGAGCAUUUCUUUUUUGGUUUGUUAAAUGUAAGUUUUUGUUUUUUA